AUGCUUGUCGACUUGCUAAGAGACCUCAAUAUCAUCGGAACCAGGCACGAGCCAGACCAGGAUUGGACCAUGUUCGUGCGCAAAGAAUCUCGCAUCAGGCUUGCUCACUGGGCUUUUAUCAAUGACGGAUGGUUCACGCUCUUCUCCAACCAUCCUCCUGCCAUGACCUUCUUCGACAUGACUGGCCAUCUUCCAUGCAGAGAUGAGCUGUGGAACGCCGACCGUGCUGCAAGUUUUGAGAGUCUCCGAUCCCAGGAGGACUUUAGUUCUAGCUUGCCGUGUCCGAAAUUCCUCAUCUCGGCAUUACUUGGAGAUGAGUGGACGGAGGGCACCGUGGCUCUCUUUCAGCACCUUGAUAUCAAACAUUUCCUAGUGAUUAUAUUCGCUUUCCAACACGUCAUGUUCCAUUACCAUACUUUAAUGCUCAUCGACAACGGCGCAUCUAUCUUGUUUCGUGGAUUAGAUCGGUGGAAGCAGCUCUGGGAUAACGCCUUGAGCCGCCUCAACAGCGAAGAGAGAAAAGCACUUGGCCUUGUGAAAUACUCCGCUGAGCUUGCUUUUCUAUCCAGACGGAUUGUUGAGGUCGCAAGCGCCAAGGAGGGUGGUACACAGCCAAAAUACUUGCAGCGCCGCGUAACGUACGACACGGUGGCCUUGCACCAGUUCAUCCGGCAAUGCAUCGGAUGA